GCACAAGAGGUUGCAGGUAUAACUGCCCUUCAUUAGUUUGAUGGCUGGAUUACUUUUUGAAACUAUGUUCUGAAGAUGAACAAAGACUGACAGAGAUUGCGGCUAAGUUUUCUGUAGUGUCCUUAAUGGCAAUCUCUUACUGUCCCUCAUCCCUGAGAUAUACAGCAAAGGAACAUGUUAUAUCAUUCCCUUAUGUCAACUUCAGAGAAAAUAGCAAGAAGAGGAACUGUUGUUUAGUCUAUGCUUCUACUCCAAAGUUAGAAAAAGACCUUCUCUCGGAGUCAAAGGUGGGGGUAUUGUUGGACACUGUCAAGUGGGAUCAUAAAGGUCUGGCGGUGGCAAUCGCUCAAAAUGUAGACACAGGAGCUGUCUUGAUGCAAGGCUUUGCAAACAGGGAAGCACUAGCUACAACCAUUUCAUCACGAAAGGCCACUUUCUAUAGCCGUUCCCGAUCGUCCUUGUGGACAAAGGGAGAGACAUCCAUGAAUUUCAUAAACGUUCAUGACAUCUUUCUUGAUUGCGAUCGUGAUUCUAUAAUAUAUCUUGGGAAGCCUGAUGGCCCAACAUGCCACACAGGUUCAGAUACAUGCUAUUAUACUUCAGUGUUUGAUUUCUUGAAAGGUUCACAGGAUUUGAAAGAUAGGCUUCUGUUGACAACUUUAAACUCAUUGGAGUCUACAAUCUCCACACGCAAAGCAGAAAUAGGAGCAGCUGAAAAUGGGAAGCCAUCAUGGACCAAGCGGCUGUUGUGUGACAAGAAGUUGCUCUGCUCUAAAAUUCGGGAAGAGGCAGAUGAGUUAUGCAGAACGUUAGAGGAGAAUGAGGAUAAGUACCACGCAGCUUCAGAGAUGGCAGAUGUGCUUUAUCAUGCCAUGGUACUACUUUCAGCUAAAGAUGUAAGGAUGGAAGAGGUUCUUGAACUCCUUAGGCACAGAUUCUCUCAAUCAGGCAUCGAGGAAAAGAGCAGUAGGAAAUCAGAUCAUUGAACAAAGAACCUGAGCAUGCUAUGGAGAGCUUCUGAUCAGUUUUGUAGGUCAUCACUCCUAAUGAGAGGAGAGGAGAAUGCGCUCUAAUACUCAUGGCUUAUCGUACACUAAACAUCGACU